GUAGACCAAAUUGGCUGAAAAGUGGGCGGCGCGGAGGCGGCGUCAAGAUGUCGUUAAACACCUCCCAUGCACCGGGUGGAGUACUGGUCUUCGCCGGUGAGCUGAUCCUUAUUUACUCUGACGAUGUGGAAGUGACAUUCGAAGGCACAGCUGCAAAGAAGUUCCAGGGAGCCAAGAAAGGGCGCAUAUACCUCACCACGCACAGGGUGGUCUUCAUCAACAAGAACAGCAAAGACUUCCUGCAGUCAUUCAGCUUCCCCUUCGUCAACAUGAGCAACCUUGGUCUGGAGCAGCCCAUCUUUGGUGCCAACUACAUUAGGGGCAACGUCACCGCCGAGGAGAAUGGGAACUGGAUGGGCAAGUGUUCCUUCAAGUUGAAGUUCAUGAAAGGCGGAGCCAUCGAGUUUGGGCAAGCGAUGAUGACUGCAAGCAAGUUUGCGCAGCGUGCGCCAACCGUUGUGGUAGUGCCGUGUCAGAUGCCUGCUGGGCCGUACCAGGUGCUCCAACCUACGGCCUACCUGCCUGGACAGACUGCAAACGUCGGCUUCUUCAUCCCUACCAACGUGUUUCCACAAGUCCCUCCUGCGAACUCAGUGUACACGUCCAACGUGCCUCCUCCUUAUCCUGGGGUGUACCCGACGAACCAGAAUCCUCGUGUGAGUCCCUCAAACACUUCUGCGUCAGGCACCGCGAGAGCAGCUGAAGGUACCGCACGGCCAUCGUCACCGGGCUUCAAGGACCGUGCAGCUCAGGAAAGCGGCCAGAAAGAAGAAAACAAAAGUCCAACCGCGCCAGCCCCACGACCGGGAUUCAAGGACCCUCCGAGCAGGGAGUCGCCAUGA